UUUCAUGGACUCCGUGACUUUUAUUCUUUGAUCAAAUAUUUGGGAAGGAAUAAAGAUAUUUGUGAGAACACAGACGACAAUGAAGUAUGUGAAGUUAUUCUAACAGGCAUAUUUCGUAAUUUUGGUGGUCUCCCAACAGAAACAAAUAAAAUUUUUGAAAUAUUUAGGAAGUAUAUACCUGGAAUUAGAUCAAAAGAAAUACCUGUAAUAAAGCUCAUAGUUGAAAAUAUAACAGACAAUUCAUGUCGUCAUUUAAUGCUUAUAACGAAUGGGGACGCUGUGAUCAGUAUUCUUGAAAAUCAAAUAAAUGAGUUAGGAAUGCCUUUUGACAUUAUCUUUGGUAGUAGAUUUGAAGAUGACUUAACAGAUGCUUACAACUAUAGAAUUAUUAGCCGAAUAAUUCUUUGCAUGGAACAAGGUAUGGUUUUGAUACUAAAGGAUCUUGAAUCGAUAUACGGCAGUUUAUACGACAUGCUGAAUCAAAAUUAUACGGUUGUCGGGAAGAAGAAACAUUGUAGAGUAGCAUUGGGACAUUACAGCAACCCAAUGUGCCAAGUACAUGACAACUUCAAAUGUGUAGUCCUUGUCGAAGAAUCUAAACUAGAUUACUCUGAUCCACCUUUUUUGAACAGAUUUGAAAAACAACAGGUAACAUUUUCUGACUUUUUAGGCAAAGAAAGCUUGAAAAAAGCAGUUGAUGAUCUUAAUAAAGAAAUGAUUAUCUUUUGUAAAAUUCCGAAUCAUUCCUUCUCUCCGUAUGAUUUGAUACCAUCAUACAGUCAGAACUUGCUGAUUUCGCUUAUAAUCAGAUCGCAGCAUCUCGCUAAAUGCACUGCAUCGAUCGAAACAGUUAAAAAAGUAGCAUUUGAUACUUUACUAUGGCUUAUUCCACCGGAAGUUAUUAUUCGUUUAACGGAAAGUGUGUUUUCAAAUUCAAAGACUUCUUCUGAGAUAAAUCAGAUAAUUAACAAGUAUAUGCAAUUGCCUAUUCACAAUGGUUUAUGUCAUUACUUUGACUCUUUACACAUGGCAUCUACUGACAUAAAGGAACAAAUUGCCGAAACAGAAGAAAUAUUAAAGGAAGCUAAUGAUUUAAAACAUGUUGAAAUAUUAGACGGAGUUGGGAUAGAAUACUUAGAUAUCGGACAGUGCAAUACUCUUGACACCCAGACACCAGACAACGCCAUCCGAGAGGAUUCGAAAUUAACAGAAGAUGUGACCAAUUUUGAAAUUGAUGAUUUCAGAAACAGCUUUAAAGAACAAACACUGCAGGAAGUAUGGAAAGAAAACGCAAAAUUGAAUGAUUUUACAGACAAGGAAAUGGCAUCAGGAUAUGAUUCAGAUAAACAAGAGGCCAAAUCAGAUAGUUGUGCAUACUUAAAUGUUGUUUACACAUUUUCGGGAAUAAAUGCCAUAAUAGAUACUUCUGGUAAAUUGAGAAAGCUUCAGAGAGACAAAUUGGCCAUUUUUAAAUCAGAAAAACAAUUUUCCCUCACAGUUGAAGAGUUUUUCCAGUCUGACAAUGAUAUAUUUCUAUUACAUUGCAUUAGUUCAACAGAGAGCCAACACUUAUUGCUUGUAAAGGGAAUUAUAGAGAAACACAUUCGAACCCACAAGAUAGAUUUGUGUCAGCAGGGAAAAUAUAUUUGCAUUGUUGUACAUUUGGAAAGAAACGGUUCUUACGAUAUACCGCUGACCUUUCUGUCUGGUUGGAGAUUAUUGUUUAUUGAUAGUAUCCGGAAACCUCGAACUUUACUUGAACAGUUCCUUAGUGUUGAUAUAGUACAAAUUUUAAGUGAACGAAGACCUUUAGAUAAUUAUAUCAAAAACAUGAUGUUAUGGGCCUUUUCUAGAAUACAAUUCACAUCGAAACAUGUCUCUGUUCAAACUAUUGAAGAUUUGAUGACCCGGAUGACUUCGUCCAGUGAAGUGAUUACUACUAUAGAGGCCUAUAUUCUUAGUUGGACAAAGAAAACAUCAUUGGAUUUUGAUGUUUUUGAACAAGGUAGUUAUGAAUUACAAAAUGUGGCAUCAAGUUCAUCGUGCUUAAAUGUGGCUAAAAACCCAUACGAACUAUUGAAGGCGGGAUCUUUUAUUGAUGCUCUUGAACAUGGCAUUCAAGAAAUUAUUAGACAUCCACUUACACUUUUCAUUUUCAAGUUAGUGGAGCAAAACUUAUUAAAUCCUAUAUUUGUGGAAGAUUCGAGUACUCCUGCAAGAAAACUUGUAUGGAAACAAAUGGUUUUAUCAGAAAAUUACGUCAGCACUGAUGAUAUUCCUCCACCGUCGGGGCCCGAAUGGUAUGUAUGUAGUAGUGAGCCUUUAAACUUUUACAUGCCUUGCAGUCAGGUAUUAAUGAUGAAAAUUGACUCUAGGAAAAAUGAUUAUCUUGAAAUCAUAGGACGACUUCGAAUUGAUAAUUCCAUCGACCCAGAUGAAGAAAUUCCAAAAGAUCUUUUUGAACAAACAACCACUAGCUGUAUUGAUUUCAUCUGUUACGAAGCUAUAAACAUUUUAGAAGAAGAAUUUACUUACACAGAUAGAAAUAAAGAUUUUAUUCGCGAUUUCUGCAAUUUCCAUUCCUUUACCAUGCUGAGUGAAACGAAUGAAUUACAGAGAAUUAACAUUUUCAAAUGGGCGCUAUCGAAUUUUAUAGACCUUGGCAAACUGGAGCACUAUGAUUUUCUCGGUCUUAUUUCAAAUAUGCAUGCAGGUUUAUGGGUAUAUGGCCAGGUUAUAAUUGCAAUAUGUGAAAUGGUUAAUUUAUUAAUUCGGUCAAUUGAUAUUUCAAUUUUACCAAUUACAGCUAUGAAUUGGUUUAAAGAAUUUGGAAAUAAAGCGAGCUAUGUUGUCACACAAAAUAAAGAAAUUCAGCUGAAUGGCGAUCAUUUAUCUUUCAGUUUUAACGAUAGUGGCGGAACGAAGGAUCAUGAAAUUGAAACGAUAAACAGUGUAUCAACUCAUGACGUUGAAUCAAGCGACGUGAUGGAAAUAAAAAAAUUGGUCGAAUAUAUGGUUACAUAUGUUACUUCAGAAGAACCUUCCGAGACAGACAAUAACUUAUAUACUGGAACGGAUAACAGCCCAUCAAGGAACAAUGAAAAUGAUAAGAUCGUUUGUCAUCGAGAUACUAAAAUGCAACUACGAUGUGAUAUGAUCAAAUAUAAAAGCAGUUCCAUGUCAAGAGAACAAUUGGUGAAACACGUAUGUUUGUCGCUUCUCCCAACAAGAGAAGUAUUGAAGGACCUAGACAUAAAGGAAUGGCUCGGUCUAAUAAGAAAUGUGCUUCCUUUGGCUCAUAUUGUUCAUGAUGAUUCAUGUGAACUAACGGCUUUGAAGUUUUGUCAAGACUUGGCAGAUUUUAGGGUAGUAAAUGAAAACAUCCCUGUUGCUGACAUCAAUGAUUUAGGACAAUGUAUUCUUGAAUGCAAUGGAAAUUUGGAUUCAACGACUGUUUGCGAAUGUUUAUAUAGAAUAUUAAGAAAACUUAAGUUCGAAAAAUCAUUGGAAGCAAGCAAAUUACAGAAGCUUUUUUGUUCCUAUAUUUUGCGUUGUUUGAUUUCAGCACAAGACAAUACCGAACCGUUGAAAUUUGUGUUAAGGGAAAUAACGAGGAAUGACUUUUUUGAUCAGACAUUGUCAUAUUUUGGACAAGUUGUCAAAUUUGCAGUCAUCAUAGAUUUGAGCGAAAAUAUGGACAUAUAUAUAAACAUGCUAAGAGAUGCGGACAGUUUUGAGAGAGAGCAAAAUUUUAGUUACUGCUUUGAUUUUUAUUUAACUAACCUUGAAAUCACAAAUACUAUCAAUCUGUCGCUACCAAUCUUAUUGUUGGACACGCUAGAGCAUUAUGCGUUUGAUGAACAUCUCACCAUUGAACACCUUGAAUCAAUAGACAGUAAUUCGGACGAAAUACUACAAUGUCUUUCUCAGUCCUGUCAGAUUUUGGAAACAGUUGCUUUCUCUCUCAAAUUCAUCGUUGCAUUAGCAUUCAUUAGAAAGUUUGUGUCACUUUUUGUUGACUUGCUAGAAUCUACAAAAUACGACUGCUGCAGCUUCCCAAUUCUUUCCCAGCACAUAAAUUCAGCUAUGGACGUUUAUACCAAGAGCGAGUACGGGGAAUUAUUAUCUUCAGAAAUACUUCAUUUAUUAAUGAAACAUAUUGACCAAAGAGUGGGGCAUCAACAUAUUCAGCAAAAAUGUAACAUGGUUGAAUCAUACAUUCCGGUCUUUAAAAAUGUCCAAUGGGAGAACAAAUACGUGGAGAGAUCGGCAGUUUUCAACCCAUUGUUCCUCCACUUGGAUAAGAAGUGUUUUAAUUUGUUCCUUGCUCAUAUAAAUUGCGCAGGCCAUAAGAACAAUAAGUUGAAUGAUCUAUUGUUAGAGAGAAAAGGAAUAUGGAAUUUCGUCUGUCUCGUGACUCAAAGUUGCUUUAUGAGCAAAUGUUUGAGGGAAAGAAACGAUAGUGAGAUACAAGUAGCUAAACAUAUAUCGAGCUUAGUGCAAAAAUUACAAAUCACAGAGGAACUAAAGAACAUUAUCGACAAAAUGCUCGGAAUGAAGAACUUUAAGCACAACUUCUUCAACUUAUCUGUGAUGGUUGAGUCUCCACAACCACAAAUCGUAUCUUUCAUGAUUCAUCUGGCUUGUAUUGUUGGAAAUCUAGCCAGUCAUGAUAACUUCUGGUAUCAGCUGAUUACGAAGCCUCGUGCUAUAGCGUCGUGUAAUGUACCAUACACAAGGUUCAAAAACGUGCAAGAAAAUGAGUCGUCAAGCAAAUUUUCUGUUAUUCCAAAUAUUUCUGGAAACAUACUGCAAUUAUUUCUACAUAGUAGUCUUGUUUUGUCUUUGGAAUUAGAAACAACAUCUCUCGAAUCUGUUAAGAAUAGUGUAGGGUUUGAUUGUGCUGAUGUAUCUGACUAUUUGGAGAUGCAGCUCCGACAAUAUUGGCACAGUUUGGAAAGUGUUUUACAGCUAACAAGUAAUGACUUGUGCAUUUUACUACAUAGUAUUCUAUUUAAGUCCCUUAGCUUGUUUACGGUCAAAUAUCAAUGUGCAGACGUGAAAGACGCAUAUACCAGGCUUAUGACAGACCAAGAAUGUAUUAUACAACAAAUAGUAAUGGACAGAUACACCAUUAUUCACGAGUCAAAGCAGCACUCUGCGUCACUGUAUGAUAGAAGCGAAACGUCAAUAGACAAUUGUGUCUUAGAAAUAACGCCAUGUCAAUCCAGUUCUGAUAUGAACUUUGUUACACAAUUAUUCAGAGUGUAUAAAAAACCUUCAAAACUCAUUAUGUUUGCCGAUCUUCAUAUGACAACAAAACAAGAGUUUCCCUUUCUUCGGCUUGUUAUUGACAACCUGGAUAAAUUAUGUUUGCCACAAAAGAUGUUAUCAAUUUUAAAAUGGCAUUUAACAUUGGUUACAUAUGUUAGUUACAAGUAUCGGAAAGUAGAUUUUAAAGAUGUUACUGUUUCAAAGAUUAUAGCCGAUGAGCAUGACUAUAAAAGGAGAGAAGUGUUAACAUUGUCUUUUGAGUCAUUUAAAAAUGAUUGGAAUGAAAUACGGUCUCGUCACUGGCAACAUUUAAAAACUGAAGAUACCAACUUGCAAGUGCUGGAGUUAAUGCAACCACUGACAAAGAUGAAUUAUGCUGCUAUGCAUGGAGAAAAUUCACAGCUACAAAUAGUUCUCAAUUGUUUAGCUAAAAUUCAAAACAAUUUCCUUUGCCUGGCACAUAGCUUGAAAUCUAUCAAAGAAACUCCAAAAACUAUCCCGUUACUUGAUAUCAGAAGUAAAGAUUUGUUAAGAUUUGAAUGGAAUGACCGUUAUUUGCAGUUUUCACAGUGUGAUUCCAGAUAUGGUUUGAGUCAAAAGAUAGAUUUUGACUUCGAAAAAAUAGAACAGGAAAUACAGGCAGAAGUUUUAAUUGGAAAGUGCUUGAUUGAUGUCCAAGUACUUUCAAAAAUAACUUUUACAGACAAUUUGUUCCGAAACACCGUAGAACUUUUAAUGGACCUACAAUCAAAAAUGUAUCAAUAUCCUUUAACUACAGAUAUAAAAAAGGAAGUAGUACAGAAGAGUGAACGAGAUGCAUCACUUAUAUCUGACAUGCUGACACAUACUGGAAUAAUCCUUUCGCUUAUCAGAAAAACAGGCGCUCAAUCAGAACAGCCUAUUUCCGAAUAUCUACAAAGGUGGGAGACUGUUUUAGGAAUUUCCUCCUUGGAAUUGAAAUAUAUUUUCCCUGCAGACAUCAAGAUUGGCCAUAUCAUUCCUUUCUAUCAAUGGUUGGAGGAAUUAAAUGGAGAGAAUUUAGCCAACUCGUUGGGGGAUACUUAUCGUUUGCAACUUCCAAGAGAGGGUCGGGAUUGUUUGCUAAGAUUUUCAAAAAGCAACAUGAAGUCAAUUGAAAAGCUAUCCCAUGCUGUUAAAGUAUUUGUCCACAGAUGUCUUUCGUCUAGUGAUAACGUUAUUCGGCCAGAUCAAUCCCUGAUUGACUAUUUAUGUGAUGAGCAUUUCUGGUGGAAGGAUGAUUUUGAGAACGGAUAUGUAUUGUGUGAACAUCUCCGACUUUCUCUGAAAGAUUUGUUGUCACCAGCAAUUCAAGUUGAACAUAUAUAUGAGGCAUUACAGUGCAUAAAGGAUUAUAUGGAGGAUUCUAAGCAAAGAGAUUCGCGUGUAUCCGGAAUUCCAAUUGGUUACCAACCUGCUGGACUAAACGAAUUGCCAAAACGAACAAGAAGCAAAGUUGUGAAGAAAUUUAUGAAAACUUAAUCAAGUAAGGUGACAUUUUCGGAUAAACCUAUUUUCAUAGUUGAUAAACAAGAUUCAUGCAGUACUUGGUGAUCCUGAAUCUGCAUCCAGAUCAACAAUGAAUAUUAUUAUAUUUUAUAAUGACAAACUGAUAUCUGACUGGUCAAUAUAAUUGCCAUUGUAAAUAUUGCUUUUACCCUUGGCUUUUGAAUUUUCACUGAUUUAUUAUAAUGAUUUUUUAUCGGAAAUUUAAACUUUCAGUCAGAUUCUGUUAAAUUUUUGUAUAAAUAGGAAUAAAUUAUAAUAGGAAUACAUUGACAUUUAAGGGUUUAUUUAAGGUAUGUUGAUUUAAUCCUUGUCAAUUGUUCUCUUUGGUUGGAAGAUGUUUCAUUCAUUGUCAAUCAUACCACAUCUUUUAAUUAUUAUAUGUUUUAUAUCAAAAUUUCUAAAUAAUGAAGCUGUAUUCAGUGCGCUUUUCGUGUACAUAGAUUGAUUUUAUUUUUGUUAUAAUUGUGUAUAUCAAUACUUUAAUCUAACAGAGAUAUUUUCUAACUACUAAGAAUUGACAUGGAUUGCUGAAAUAAAUUUAAAACAAAAUAAUGAUAAAUAAAAGAAAAUCGGUCGCUGUAGAUAUGUCAAAAUUUGUCUUUAAUUUACUUUUUCA